AUGGCGACAUCCACAAAAAAUCAAUCUUCUUCCGAUAUCAAGUUCGAGGUCAAUUUCGAUAUUGAUCCUCGAAACUCCUUCUCUACGUUACCGAUGAAGAUCAAUCCUUUACUGGGGUUGACGAGGAAUGCAAGCUCGCAAGAAGAGUACGAUACUAUCAAUAAGUAUCUUCCAGCUGUGCAGAAAACGGUGAAUGAGAUCUUCACAGGAUGGUAUGAAAGUGAACAGACUCAAGAUCCAUUGAAUGAUCGAGGGGCAUGGACGAAUACAGAGCUUACCGAAUGGUGGACGGUGGUUAUCACAGAUAAUAUGGGAAGGACUUUGGCCGCUCAAGGUCGAAUUGCAGAACAAGUGAUUCCAAAGUUGCAGAGUUGCAUUCCGGAAGUAUCGGGUGGGAUGGGGUGCAAGUUCACCUUCGAACAUCAUACAGAUAUACCAUUCAAGUACGGGGAUGGUAUUCCUGCAUGGCUGCAGUCUCUGAAAGGAGGUGUAUCAGAUCCGAAUAAGGAGUGUACGAAACCUCAUGAUUAUCUGUACGGGGAUGAUGGUAGAGACUGGACCAGAGCAUGA